CAACUACCUGCUAUUGGAUGAAAGUUUGUGAUGUAGCUUUAAGACCAGCUGCACCGAGUUCAUCUCCCACACGUGUACAGAGUCCAAAUGGAGAGAACCUGCUCUCCGCCACUGGAAUCUGAGGAAACGUCCUUGAAAUGGGAACACACUGCCACCAGAUGAGCUGGACUGAGGAUGUAAGGCAGCGGCAGGUUAGCAGAUGCAGACGCUAGCAACAGGAGCAGCAUCCUUCCAGAUUCAACAUCAAGGAUAACUCUUGAAAAGGCAGAAAUAGAAGGGGGCGUUCAAAAUAUUUGAUCAGCAGCAAGAAUUACCAUCCAUAAAUACUGUGCCUGAACACAAUGCCAGGCUUGUUAAAUCAAUCUACAUGGGCUCCUCUCCCAUUGAAAGCUUCCUGCAUCAAAGCCUGCAUGAAUGGUUACUCCCUCAGGGUAUCUGCAAGCCUCACCUACUCCAACCCAGAAUCGAAGCCAGUGGAAGGCGUGUUUGUUUACCUGUUGGAGGAGUCAGAGACGGUGGUUGCCUUCGAAACCUUGACAGCAGGAAGAUCGGUAACGAUUCAGAUAAAGAAUCGAGGAAGAGCAGAAGACUGCUGUUUUGACUGUUGCAGCCGUGCCAACCUAGCUCUUCUGUGUAACAAUGGUCAUCUGAUAUUGGAUGAAGACAUGGAUAGAACAACCUUCAUUGUUAGCACUGGGCUGAUUGGUUCUCUGGAAACCAUGACAAUAUUUCUCAGUACCACCGUGGAACCUCAGACUCAACAAAAUGGCACCAUGCAAGUGGUAUUCUCUUCUGUGUUAAUGCCUCGGGUAUGCAGCAAUGAGGAGCAGAUUGAGUCUGCAAGAAAUGAUGAACAAGAUUUUAGUUCUGCUGGUUGUUUUGGAGCAGCAGGAUUGAAACCAGAAAAGUCCUCAGCUAGUGGACACUGCAGUCUACCAGAGAUCUUCACUGAACAAGUAUUCAAUCCCGUACCAUAUGAAUUUAGCUUUGAGAUGCUAGUGCGAGGCCCCUGUCUCCUAGCAGGUGUGGAGAGUCCCACACAUGCACUACGGGCUGGUGCAGAUCCUAUUGCCAGGUCUGCCUCAACUCUAUACAUCACAUUGGCAGAGAAACACCAGUAUGACAGGAACCUCAAAAUCAUUUUACAUCCGUGCGAGCCACACAUUCCACACCUUCUGUUGGCGGAAGGUAGCAUGAGUUUUGAGGAGUAUGAACGACACAUUAAAAGUAGACGGGACUUCAGCAGAGCAAUGAAGAAAGAUUCUAAUACAGACAAAAAGGUUGAUUUUGUGCGGAAGCGUUUUCAUAAAGACAUCACAUUCAAUCCUGUGCUGAUGCUGAACUUCUGUCCUGAUCUCCAUGGCAUCCCAACAGAUUUUAGAAAUGUGACCAGAGAAAUUAUAUUCCUUAUUGACAGAAGUGGCAGCAUGAGUGGUAUUAAUAUAGAGAAAAUAAAAGAAGCCAUGGUAGUUGUUAUUAAAAGUUUACCACCUGGAACAUUACUGAACAUAAUUGGCUUUGGCUCAAAUGUGAGGACUCUCUUCUCUUCCAGCCGACCGUGUAAUGAUGAGACCUUAUCUUUCGCCUGUGAGUAUGUUCAGAGGAUGAGGGCUGACAUGGGCGGCACUAAUAUUCUUGGUGCUUUAUCUUGGAUUUUCAAGCAACCAGUGCUUCGUGGCUAUCCUCGGCAGCUCUUUAUUUUGACUGAUGCUUCAGUGAGCCAUGCUGGGAAGAUUAUUGAGCUUGUGCGAAAAAAUGCAAGUUCUGCAAGAUGUUUCAGUUAUGGGCUGGGCCCUAAUGCCUGCAAGAGGUUGUUGCAUGGGGUUGCAAAGGUUUCAGGUGGAACAGUUGAGUUUUUCAAUGAAGGUGAACGGCUACAACCAAAGUUAAUUAAAUCCUUAAAGAAAGCAAUUGAACCUGCUCUGAGUGACAUCACCAUUGAAUGGUAUCUCCCAGAUACUUUAGAAGUCCUCCUUUCUCCAAGUGAAAUUGGACCUUUGUACCCAGGGGAUCAUCUGAAUGGUUAUGGUGUCAUUUAUGAUCUUGCUGGAUUCCAAAAGAAGAAAAAUGCUGGGAAGCAGCACAUCCCUAAAACAGCGUUAAAAGGGUCAACCAACUCCGUUUUCCAGGCUCAAGAUGAGUCUUUUGCACCAGCUUUGACUGAUGGAAUCAAACCAUCUUUCCCUGUUGAAAAGAAUGACAUUGAGCAAGCUUUAAAGGAGAUUUCCCAUGAGAUUUCAGUAGAAUUUUCAGGUGCUAAUGCCGAUGAGAAUGAAAAAUGUAAGGAUUCAGAGACUGAUCCAUUUAAUGACUUGCGGAAGCGUAUCUCCCAUUCCUCGUAUAUCCAGGAACAAUAUAAGUUGACACAUUGUUCCAUCUGCAGUGAUAAAGGAAUUGGGGACCAAAACACACCUACCCGUGGCUCAAAUAGCAGUGACUCUACAGAACCUCAGGAUAUUGACAGAAAAAUAACAUCUCUCCCACAUGGUUUAGAAAACAUGGCACAUUAUGGACAGAAAAGUUUGCUACACUGGGAAUCACCAAAAAAAGCAACAUCUAAUUUUGAAUUGGUUAAUGAUAAAAACACUGUUGGAGUUGACCCUUCUUCAGAUGAGGCAAGAAAAAAAAGAAAAGUGAUAGCACAAGCAGCCUUGUCUGGCCGGAGCUUUUCUUCACCAAAUGGUCAAUUAGAUAUGCGCCACCUGCGCAAAGCAUUGGAGAAAGUUUCUACAGGUCAGACUCUGAAUUGGUCUGUAGCGGGGAGAAUAAAUGAUAUUGGUUGCGAACCCCAACAGUUUCAAGCUGACAGUUUUUCAAGGCGGAACCUCAAUGAUUCCAACACCCAAGUGUCCACUCCUGAUUGGGACACUUUCUUCGAUCCUGAGAACCUUUUCUCCCCUGUGACCUCAGACAACCCAGGUUCGACUGAAGUGAAUGACACACCCAUAAUGCAGUGUAAAUCAGUGAUCCAUGGCUUGAUCUGUGGGAAAUCAAUCACCUGGGAGGUAACAGCUAACCUUUCCUCCCUCUACCAUGUUUCUUCUGAGCAAGAGUCAACACAAAUCACUGAAAAUCCAUGGGACGGGAUCCUCCAUGAGUUGACUGCACAAUCAGUCAUCAGAGAUUUUGAAAACAUGGCUGAGAAAGAGAGUGAAAUUGAAUAUGGAACUUCUAGAAGAUAUCGCCUGAAAACCAUUCAGACAAGCAGAGCAUGUAACAGCAUGUCCAUGUACACCACUAUCAUCCCAAUCAAUGCUGCUACUCAGAAAUCUUUACCAUCGUAUGUGGAAGUGCGAAACCCAGGAAGUAAAUUCAACCAAACUCGGGGCUCUUGCUCAGGAACCAAGCGGCAGAGAAGUUAUUCUGUUGGACUGGGCCGAAGACACUCCAGCCAUGAUUCUGAGGAUUUGGAUGAUUUGUUUGUGUCAACAGAAAAGGAAGAAAUUCCAGCUUCACCAACCAGCAUGGGCUCUUCCUCAUCCUCUGGAUGGGAAAAGCAGAGUGUCCUAGAUGAUGGUCUUGAACAGGAAACAGUGCACAUGGACUGGUGUUGGGACUUAGCUAAUACCUACUGUGAAGGGCUCACCAUGGAUAUCAUUGACUGGGAGGCUGAAGUUUGUGGAGACAACAAUUCUCCUGAAUGUCUAGAUGUCCUGGAACAGGAGUCAGGCAUCUCUGCAAUGCAAGGCUCAACUCAACACUCUGAGCCAUCCAUGGCACUUGAACCAGGCAUCAGCCCAAUUAUAGAUACUUCAAAGAGAUUUUAUGAGUUUAAGCAGGAGGCACAGAGUAAUGCACAGAGCCCUUCAACAGUCUUGGUACGAUCACAGAAAUCAUUUGAAAGUUUCUUUGGAUCCAGGUUUAACCUGGGAAGGUACAGAAGCCCUAGUCAGACUGGAAAGUACAUACCAAUAAAAUCCAACUGUCUGUCUGCCAAGCUGGAAACCUCUCCUGAAGAAGAGAUUAAUGAUUAUCUGCCACUGGUGCAAUUACAGUUGGCAUCUGGAGCAUUUCUCCUUAAUGAAGCGUUUUCUGAAGCUGUUCAGAUUCCCUUAGAUCGACUGAGAAGGGCCUCCCCUUUCUCGUGUCAUCGAGCAAGUCUCAGUCCAUCUUCACGUUGUAUGCCUUCACGUACAUCGAGUAGCAAAACUGAAACUCUCCUUGGAAGGGAGAUCUCCAUCCACAGUCAAAAUGAGACGGAAUUUUGUGCUAGUAAGAAGAAUAUCCAGUCAGUGUCUGAAAAGGAUCAAGGAAAUAAUGAAGAAAGCACAAAAAGUUCAAAGAAAAUUACAUGGUCACAUCUUGAGGGUGUUUUUGAUUCCAAUAGUUCUCCAGCAAGCCUCUACCAUUCAUUCAGUGUCAGUACUGAUGGUCUGAGCACCACCUUUCAGCAAGUUGACAGUGGCAGGGGCUCUGAAACUGAUCUAUAUGAAAACUCACCAGUCACCUCCGAGACUGGUGGCAUCUUUUACGAGUCAGCAAAUGAUCUGAACACACAGUAUGAUGAUUUGGAAGGGAUGAGCUGGGCAACUGCUGUGGCACUGGGGUGGCUUGAACAUCAGUGCGCUGGUUACUUUCUGGAAUGGGAGCUCAUUGCUGCCAAGGCAGACACAUGGCUACAUUCACAGCAGCUUCCUGAACAUGUAAAUGUCAAUGGACUGAAGGGAGCAACUAGACAUCUUUUCCUCUUGCUCCGUCACUGGAAUGAGAACAUUAAGCUCAACAUGUUGUGUUAUAACCCAAAUAAUAUGUAAAUACAGAUGUUCAGUGAAAAUAUAUGUACUUUAUAGUAGUUUUAAAUUGCAGCACCGAAAAUUAAAUUAUAGUGCCUGAUUGGAAAAAUAAAAUAUAUGAAAUUCUGCUGCACCUUUGGAUAAAAUGUAACCUUUUUGGUAUUUCAGUGAAUAUUGUGAUUGUAGCAUUCUAUUAAUUAAAAUUGUAUGCUGCAGAUUUCAAAAUAUAUACAUCCUUUCUACCACAUAUAUGAAAAAAAGAUUCUGAUACUGAUGGUUGAAUUAGAAAUAUAAUAACAGGCCUUGAUUUAUAUAAUAAUCUUGAAA